UAAUCCUUCAUUGCGCGUGCGCACAGCCAUCUUCUUACUGGGUGAACAAAACUGGACACACUCGUAGACGACGCAGAGUCUGUCCAUUUCCAGCAGGAAUCAUGGGAACAGUGUUCCUGCAACAGAGUACGGCUCACUCCGUGCUGAGGAGGUUGCGGCGGGCCAACUACCUCCUGGAGGAGGUGAAGCAGGGCAACAUCCAGAGGGAGUGCCGAGAGGAGGUUUGCAACUAUGAGGAGGCACGUGAGGCCUUUGAGAACGACGAGAAAACGAGGCGAUUCUGGGAGGAGUAUGUGCGCGAGAACAACCCCAACAAGGGCCUGGAGUCGAUGGUGGGCAGCGCCCAGUCGCUGUACCUCAUCCUGCCACUGCUGCUGGUGCUGCUGCUCAUCAUGGCCGUGACCAUCACCGUGUGGCGCUGCCACUCGCGCAAGCGCUCGCAGCGGAGUCCGUCGGCCGGGCGCUCGCACCGCGAGCCCACGCUCUCCGUGGUGUCCAUGGACCAGUGGGGGCCCGAGUUCCACUCGGACAUGAGCCCGCGCUCCGACAUGAGCGCGCGCAGCUACCACGCCGGGUCCGGACGCACGAGCGCCGGGGAUCCGCCGCCCUCCUACGACGAGGCGGUGGGCCAGGCCGACGUGCACAUCGAGACGGAGCCGCCGCCGCAGUACGACGACAUCGUCAACAACAGCUCGUCCAACAUGAUCAUCGGACAGGGGAAGUAGGAGCAGUAGCAUCACCAUCACAGCGUCUGUCAUAACCAGAGCUUUCCUCACCAGCCAACCCCCCCCCCCCCAUCCCCCCUCUUCAUAGGAACUCAUCCCUUUCCCUCAUACAUAUAACCACUCUUUGUCAAACGCUUCCACGCCUGGAGACAACCAUGGGGAGCUGUUGGCUCAAAUGUGGGGGCGGGAACCAUUGCACGGUUAGUUGAGUGUGAGAUUUAAAUGAAAAUUAACGAUGCAUCCCAACAAGGCGGAGCUCAAACUACAAGUGUCCAACAAACAAGAUGCUGCAGUGGCACUGCUGUGUGAUUGAGGGGCCAUAAAUGCAAAGUCAGGCUGGCGCAUUGAUAGAUUUGUCGGGACCCGAUUUUGCCACCAUAUGCCACCCAUAAUUUCAACCAAAGGUUUUCUCCAAGCGUGUUACAAAUUGACUAUCAUUAUAUGUGUCAUCGUUGCAGUCCAGGGUGACCGAGGAGAUUCAGUCAGGAAAAUGCAGUAAAGGACUUUGAUCGUAUGUCUGACUGAUUUGACCAUUCCCUAGAUUUGAAAUCAGCAGUCUGUGGGUGGUUGAGUGAGUAACUCCCUUUUACACUAAUCUCUGAAGCACUAACAAAACCAGAUGGCACUGCACACCUGGAGUGUGCCUUGCUAGUGCCGGGUGAACCUAACCAACAAUAUCAGUGAAGACACUGAUUUAGAAGUCACUUUUUACCCCACUGUGUGUGUGUGUGUGUGUGUGUUUACUUGCUUGUGUGCAUGCAUGUAUGUGUGUAUGCUUAAAGCAUAAUAGGAAUUGAUCACCUUGACUUCAGACAGCUUGGUGGUCAAACAAAAACAAACGUUUGAUUGUACAUUUACCAUCCAUCUUUUCUAAAACUAAGAGAAACUAAAAUAGUUGGAGUGAGUAGUUGAAGGGAAUUGUGCAACUAAAUCUAAGAAUAGACUGAUUGGAAAUGAUUCUGCUUUGCACUGAUUGUCUUCACAAGCUCUUUGAAACAAGCGAGAGCUCAAAGUGAGAGCUUUUGCCAUGCAGUGGUGUAGUUUUGAUAAUGGCUGCACUGUCCUUUACAUUCAGAAUAUGUUUUUGAUGUGGAUAAUAGAGGAUCAGUGUGUAUAGUAGAUGCUCAGAGUUAAUAUCUAAAUAUUUACUGAGAAGUAUUAAAGGAAUUGUUACCAAGAUUUCCAUACAGGGACCAUCUUGUUCUCAUGCCAGAGGGGUUGGAUAAUAUGCCUGCGUUACACUGGAGAUGGGUCCUUGUGUUUGAACAGUAUUGCUUCCUCAUUGUUAUGUAACCUGUAUAUUUCAGACAUUUUCAGAGUUGCCUUUCUUGUAACCUUGUUGUUCCUUCUAUCGAGUUACUAUCCAUCGGUGUCUAUUGAGAUAUAACCUUGACUCGUAGAAAUCUUUUCCUGUUACAAUCGAUUGUACUCAAAUCUGUCCAUGACGUGUCAAAAUGUUUGGUGUGCCAGUCCUCCUAUAGUUGUUGUUUGCCAAGAUGAACGUUGUCUUUUGUUUAAUGCUUAUCACUUGGAUCACUUGAGUGGCACAAUGAGUGGCAACAUUUGAACUCUCAACUUGGUCAUAGUUUAUCACGAGGUCUCAUCUAGGAGGACUGAGCAGCCAAGACCUAUUACUGUGAGAUGACUCCGAUAGUUGUCAAACUAUUGGAAGUGUCAUAGUUGCAGUGAUAGGAGUGUUCAGGAAAAAAUACCUUCCAAUUUUGAAGGUUGUUAUGAUGAACUGUUAUGAAGGAACAAAUGUGUGUGUAUGUGUUUGAACAUGUAAUCAUAUUGUACAUGAUUUAAACUUAUGUUGUGGGUAGUUAGCGUGUGAAAAAGCACUUUUUAAAAGAGCUUGCAGGGCUCCUUAUAUUGGACAUACUGUCCACUCUGGCUGAGUGUCCAAGUCUCCGUUAGUUCAGCUGAAAACCUCAUGAAUGACAUCACCUACCUUGUUGUCCAGAAUCAGAUAUAUUCUCAGAUAUAUGCAAUAACACAAUAACAAACACUAACUCAGAGAAUAACUCUAAGUAUGCCAAAUCAACACCUGCUCAGCUGAAAAACUGUUCUAAAGUUAAAAUAGAUUUUCUUGUGAUAGUGGGACGUCAUGUGGGCUGAAGUUGAAGUUUCAGGUUCAGAAAGUAAUAAUCUCGUUUUUAACUGUCAACAGUCUAAAACUGCUAAUAGGAGCUGUCAUUUAAAACUAUGCACAUGCAUAUUGGUAUGCAAGGAUUCCAUGCAAGGCUUUACUGACAUACUUGGAAUCACACUGUGAUUUGUUAGGUAUGCAUUCUGGACGAAACACAAGUAUAUGUUCUAAAAGAUGGACAGCAGUGUAGUGAAACAUGAUCUCCCUACUUGUGCACACGGAACUGAAACAUAGCCAUACUCUCUGAACUUGAGUAACCGCAUCUCUGAACACUAGGCCAUAGCUAUGGACUGUAGAGUCACAGAGUUCUCUCUGCUCAGAACAUUCCCUCAUUCACUACAUAGUGCACUCCACCACUAUAAUUAUUCACUAUGUAGUGAAUGAGUGGAUGUUCGGAACAGGUUGUGAUAGUGGCCAAGUCUGGCUCUCAUCUGUUCCAGAGUUGGCUCCUAUGAACGCUGCCAUUUUAAAUUUUUAGCUUGAGCCGUGAGCUGUUAUGGUGUGACUAACCUGCUCAUCAGGUGGGCUAGCCAUUUUGGGUGUAUAGUAUGACAACCCUUUAUACCAAUUGUUUUGCUAUGCCUUAUUUGAGCAAUAAUAUAAAUUUGUGUAUAAAAAUGUUUGACAUUCUUUUUGGAGAUGAAACAAGCUUGAGUUGUGUUUGUAAUAAAAGUUUUUCAAAGUGA